AUGCUACUUGGAAGAUACGUGUGUCAGAAUUGUCGUAACUUUGCACGUGUUGCUAUGUUUGACACACGUGCAAAUCGAUAUUUCCUAGGUGCUUCGUUUGUUCCUGACAGAUUUCGACUAGUAGAAUGCAACUCACAGCAGGUAAAAGCUCGUUUAAUGUCGUCUUACUGGUCUGUCUCUUCGUAACUCGCUGUCCCUGUGACGUAGGUGCACAUUUGAGAGAGCGGGGGAAAUGGAGGCUAAUUAUAAGUCACUAGGAUCACUGAAGAAGGUUCAGUGAUCAUUGCUGCGAGCAAUGAUCGCAGACAUCAUUGUGCGGCGAACAAUCACUGAUCAUUUUCUCCCUAUCAUGUGUUCGUUUUGUACCAUAUUGUCAUGCAGAUCACUGGAAUUUUUUUAAGUGAUUACAGUAGUCAUGCAGUCAGGCUUAGGCCCAUUUCAAACGUCGUGCUACUUCCAUGCCAAACUCAGUUGAUUGAAUUAUACUCGACUUUAGCACGGUGCCGUGUAGCAUGGCAAACCUUUGCGUGCUACACGGCAGUAGCUCAACUUGGUUUCAAACGUCGUGUUACCGCCUUGCCGAACUCAAUUCAUAAAUUAAAAAUACAUUAGAAUAUAUUUAAAAAGCUGCUAAACCUUUUCUUGAUUUUUGAGUUUUGUUUUCAGCAGCAGCCGUUCUAUUUGACUGAAUUGGACGUCUGAAACUAAGUCGAGCCAGCUUAGCAUGGCAGUAGCAGGACGUUUGAAACAGGCCUAAGACAGCUGAUAGCCGUUUGGCUGAGCUGCAGAAUACCAUCAAACCUUAUUAGGCAGCCUUCUGUUAAGUAGUCAGUCCCUAUUAGCAGUCACAGAUCAAAUUCAAAGAAUUUGCCUUCCAUUCCUAAAUUUAACCUCUAUUAAGACAGUGGUCACUACUGUUAAUUGGAGGCAGUCAGUGCAGUCCAUUGAUUAUUACCGGUAUUAAUUCAAAAUAUUUCUCCAUUUCUAAUUGACUAAAAUCUCACACAUAAUUCAUCAUAACAAGCUUCUGUCCGCCAAAUUUGGAAGAAUUUUAGGAUAUGUGAAAAAAAAUGAUGUCAGUUGUGUGGCAAAAUGCCAGAUUAUUGAACAGUUAACCAAGAAGACCUAGGAAUGAGGACGACUUGUUUUGGUUGUGAGUACGAAGUGGCAGAAUAUUUCACUCUUUUCAUGAAGAAGGAAUAUACAAAGUACUGGUUAAAAACAUAGCAAGAACGAUGAGAAGACAACUUGACGGACAACAUCUGCUAUUUGGAGAAUAUGUGCAGUACUGAACAACCCCUUAGCUCCUAAACUUGCUGAUAAACGGGCAAUUUAAGAUAAACUUAGCAUCGAUGGAGGUGAGCAUGUUUUAGCUUAAUUUAAACUAGGAAUUAUUUUGAAUGAAUAAUCAAACAAUCACAACCUCCUGUUCAUGAAGGACUUUGAAAUUUUCCCACCCCGCAGAAAAAUGUUCUUUUUCCAAGCGUUAAGGAAAAGCUGAAAUUUAAGCCUUUUUUCAAGCCCUGAUAAGCCUUGCAACUUGCACUGAAGGAGGCAAAGAUAACUUCCAAACCGUGGAGGCAUUUUGACCUGCAAGCAAAAUAAUACUUUUCUGUAGUUAACUGUGCUGUAGUAGAGUAGUUCACAGCUUCUUUUUUGUUCUUUUCUCCAUAGACUGAUUAGACUUCUUCUGAAUUUAAUAAGUCAUUUAUCUUAUUCACUUGUUUAUUGUUUGUACUGCAGGUCAGAUGGUUUGCUUACAGAAGACCAAAUGAACAACCGGGCUUGAUAGGAAGAUUUAUAGAAAAUAUAAAGGAGGGCUUUGAAAGAAAUAAAGAAAUGCAGGUAUGUGUUCCUUGACCGAUAACUUAUUUUUCUUUUCUUUUCCCUAGCGAAGUGAUUUUCACAAGCACAUAAUUAUUUAUUUCAACAUGUUGAUUCCUCUGCAUUUUAGGAAAACAUAAAGAAAUUUCAACAAGAAGCUAAAAAAUACGAGCAAUCUGAAACACUCUCAAGUAAAGUCAGAAUUGCUAACAAAAUAAAGGUAAGGUUUCAGCUUGCUGUAAGUGGUUUUAAAAUAGGUUCCACUUUCAAAAGAUGCAUCCAGGGGAUUCAAAUAUCAAAAUUUAAUUUUCUUGAUAUGAGAUACUGGCAGUAUGUAACUAUUUUUUUCCACAUCUCUCAUUUGCAUAAUUUACUCCUGUCUUUCUUUGGACUUACAAUCGUCAUUUUGUUUUCCACAGGACAGCAUGUCAUCUGUUUCAAUGAGGACUUCUGCUGUUGUUAAAAGUUUCUCUGGAGCCUUUUCUACAAAAGUGUCAAAGGUACUGUAGAUUGUGUGCAGUGAUGUUGUGUCUCAAAUACUUACAAAACUAUUGCCAGUUCCAAAUUUUAUUGGUGUUGUUUUUCAUCAGGCAUAUGAAGAGGCAACAACAAGUGAAGCUUUUAAGAAAGGCAGAGCUGUUUCUGAAGAAGUAUGUUUUUAACCUUUACAAAAAAAAUUCUUUUUGCAAAAUCGUAACAAUCAAGUCUUGGACAAAAGUUAUGCCGAGGAGAUUUCAUAUGAAUGGUAACAACGUAGGAUUUCAUCCACAGAUUUAAAAGUUGGAUUGCCAAAUCUUGCCUUAAUGUAGUGCUCGUAGUUAUAUGAUCAACCUUAACUGUUGAGAGAAAACCUACAAAUUCAUAAUUGACCAGGAUUCAAACCCUGACCUUUGCAAUGAGUGGACACUGUCAAAGCUCUUUCUAAAUAAGCUGAGCAAUCAAACUGGAGAGCUGUUCAAAUUAUUUGUGAAUUUAUAAUGGUUCCGAUUGUGAGAAUGGAAUGACAAUAACAUGCAAAUUAUGUUAACCCAUUCGCCCCUGAACUGCUCGUAACCGCCCGUGCGGAUCCAAGUCCUUUCAACCCUUUGUGACGUCAUCAGUUUUAAUGGUCAAAGACAACUUUGUCCGCUAACUUGUGCAGAGUGAAGAGAUCUUUCAAACCAUACCUGAAUGAGCACAAUUCAGUCAAGGACACCGGAGAAAGAGGCAAAAAACCAUGUGACAUUGACCUGAAAAUCUCCAUGAAAAUCUUGUUUCAUUGCUCACCUACCUUUCCUUUCACCUAAUCCUAAGAUCCUAAAAGCUUUCCUAAAAACUCUUCCCACCAAAACGAAGCCUACUAAAUGCCCAGCCAGAGAAAAAAAAAUGAGGCAAGAAAAGCGAAAAAAGAGGGGAGGAGAGAAAGCGAAAAGUGAAAGUCAAGACUGCUGUGUCACUUUUAAACCCAAACACUAUCUCAAAAUUUUGCUUUCUGCGCAUGCCUGAACUUUGCAAGCUGAUAUUUUGCAUCUGGAUCAGACGACCGCAAAGUGUAGCACCUGUAAACCGGUUUGUGGUAAGUUUUAGCUCUUUAUAGCACAACAGUGACCAGAAAACCACUCGACUAGCUUCAAAACAUGUUUUUCGGCAAAAUCUCCAGGAGCGAAUGGGUUAAGUAACUGUAUUUAUGUUACAGUUCAAAAUUACAACUGUAUAUUCAGGUGAAAUUUUUUUAACUUAGGUUGAUUCUCUAUUUCCUCUGUCUCCUAGCCCUAAUAAGUCUCGCUUGCUUUACAGUGUACAAUGUAGCUGCGAGACUCAAAAUAUGCAAGCGUUAUUUUUUUUUUUGCAUGUUUGUGCACCAAAAGGGAUCAUGGUCCCAGGCAUUCCUAGCGGAAACCAUAGAAACUGGGGAUAAGAAUUACGGCAUGACACAAACCAUGCAUAGAAAGCUUAGGAAAGAUUAAUGCAAAAAAUAAUCAAUGCAAGCUUUUCCGGAACUGGUCAGCCCACAAAUUCUAUCCCUUGAAAGCUUUGAUUACUCUGGAACAAGUGAUAACCUCAGUGGCUGAAAAAAGAAGAAUCUUAAUGUAAAACUUUGAUGGUGAGGCUCACUGGUCGGGUGUCAUAAACUUUCAUUGUAUGCAAAAGUCUUGUGUUGAGCAUGCAGUUUACUUUUGGCAAUGAUUGAAAUCAUGCACCAUAAUCAUCACUUUUCUGCUCUUUAUCAAGGAUACAAUUUCUCUCAAAUCAAGGCCCUUGAUUUUCAAGUAUUUACACACACAUAAUUCAAAAACAAAUCGUUGAAUACAAUAUAAAAAAUAAUAUGCUGAAAGGUUACCAGUCAGUUCAAUACAAGUUUAUUCCAUCUAGUUGUAAAUAGUUUUACAAACUUGGCUUAAAGAAUGAAGAAUAUUCACCCAAAGUGCUUAUCUUUUUCACACGCAAACUAUACUUAAAGAGAUUGAAAUUUUAAUGCUCAAGUUUUUAUCAAAAUAAAUUGUAUCGAAAUGACCAGUUGCCUCCUGUAGAAUGCUCGAGACACUUGAUAAAGUAGGAAGUGAAAAUCUUUUAGGGAGGAAAUCCUGUUUCGUGUAGAAUUAAUCGCCUCCUUAUUUCUUAUCUAAUCUCCAAGCAAGCGAGACUGGCUUGUUUUAAGAGCAUUCUUGUUAUUCAGGAAUUAGGGCUAAGAGACAAAGGAUAAAGAGAGUCAACCUAUUCUCGGUUUUCACUGUCACGCAAUCAAAAAUAAAAUUGCAAACCAUUCGAUACAGAAAGUCCCGAAUCUUGGAAAUAAAAGAAGAUAAAUAAGCAAAAGACCUUGCCAAGAAUCAGGUCUGUGCGAUAUUUCAUAUGCGAGAUAUCAGGAAAAACGUUUUACCCAAAUUUAUAAAGCUUUGUAUGGAGGCGCCAUGUUUGUGUCCCUUUGAGGGGCACAAAUAUGGCCGCCGGAAACCAACAGAAACAUCUGUUUUUAGUUUUCCUACUAAUGCGUUAAUUCAUCGCUUAAAAAAAACUCAUAAACUAUUAAAGUGAUAUUUAUUCUGAGAGAAGGAAUGUUUAGAUAGCAAAAUCUUCCAAAACUGGUAAUGUUUUUAACCCACAGAAGAGCAGUCCCGGCCGCCAGCUAAAUGCCGCGUCACAUAAAAAGCCUAGAAAUUCAAACGUCCUCUAUCGCAAAAACGAAGAACCCUUUAAGAACCAAACCUCUGUUUAAAUAAAGGUGUUUAGGUGCUGUAAUACCCUCAUGAAACUCAGAAUCUCAGAAGAAUCGAUAGUUUCUUAGUUUGAAUUUUGAUGACGUCAUGUGAAAACCGAGAAUAGGUUUAAAAAUUGUAACCUGAAUAUAAUAUUUACAUGUACAUCCACAUAAACAAGUGUGAAUGGGGAAUGAAACAGAAGCAGUAAAUUGCCUCAUUAAUCUAACUGGCAUGUUUCUUUUUUUUGUUGUUGUUUCCUUGAAGCUUGCUAAGUCUGCAAAGGAGGCUGCCUCAAAGGUUCAAGAGCAAAGUGAAGUCAUUGGAAAAACAGAUACUUUUAAGGCUAUGUCGGCAGUAAGUGAUUAUAGGCCUUUAAGCUCCAAUAUCCACAGGGCUUCCAAUAAACACUGAUGGCAGACGAAACACAUCGGCAAUUGCUCAGAGCAGUUGGCUACUUUUUUCUAGAAAGAACUGAGAAGCAGCUAGUUUGAAUAACGUGGUAAAUAAAAAAGGAUCAUAAAAUCUAAAUGAAAUGGUUUUACAUUAUCCUUUAGUCAUGUUAUGGGGAAGUACGCCCCCAUACCCCCUCCCCCAUAGAAAAAGGGGACUAAUGACCCCUUGUUGAUACAGUUGGAUACUCUUUUCAUACAUGCCUACAUCAGUUUUUAUUAAAACCCCUGUAUCCACGUACAAUUUCUCUAGACUGAGCUCCAUCCAUUUUCUUAAAGACCUAGUUGGCAGAAUUUGUUUAAAGAUCAAACCAUUUCCCCAUGAUAGGUGAUCAUUCGCAUUAAUUCUUGUAUUCUUCUCUCUUGAUUAUGAUUUGAUAUUGUUAUAUAAGAAAAUUGAUGUUGUGACUCGCUAUUAAAAGGGGUACAGAGGAUAGUAGAAUGCUUUGAUGAUUAGCAUACAUUGUAUGUGCUACUUACAUUGUAUCUGCUACUUAUAUUUCUUUAAUAUUGUAUUUUAGUGCAUGAUAGAGUUUAAAUUCUAUUUCCUUAAAAUCCACAGGGCUUUCAAACAGUUAAGAAGGAAGUUCUCGAUGAAACACUUGAACAAUCCAAACCUUACAGGACCCCAGGUAAGCAAAGUGUGACAACUGCUGAUAGAGUUUUGUAUUUAAGAGGUUACAGUGUACUCGAAUUCAUGUAAGUCAGCUAAAUGUGGUGAUUGUUGGGCUGUCAUUAAUAGCCACGAGCCAGGAGUCACUCAACCUCUUCAUUCUGUCUGGGAUAUGUGCUGUAAGGCCACAGUCAUCAUGUAUGUUGUCACUCAACCCUGAGCUUUGGCCUGUUCUUUACCCCAUAUUAGACCCAACUCGUUGAGCUCUUUCAUUGACUAUUCCAGGGUUUUCAGUAAGGUUUUAAGUGGGUGGCAAAAGCCUUGGAGUAGGCGGAGAAGGAAAAAACAUGCGAGUUACUAGGGGGCUCCUGGAAAAAUUUAUAAAUCUUGGCCUCUCAGAGUGCAUUUCCAGCUUUCUGGAGCAAAAAUUAGAGUGUUUGAACAGAACACAGGAGAAAUCAUUAAAUUUUGAUUUUUUGGAGGGUAACUUCCAAAGAAAAGUUGGCAGUGAGUUCAUGUGAAAUAGCUGGCAAAUUUCGGUGGCUGCCAGGUCUUAUUGAGAACCCUGCUGUUCUCAGCUAGGUGGUUUUUGGCCUGCCUGGUUUUUUGCCAGUGAUGACAUUGCUGCAAGAAAUAUUAUAGUGUACAUAGGAGCAAAACUUAAGGAAUAUCCAUGUAGCAUUAUCACUAUAAUUUGAUUUUCUAAGUGGCUGGGUCAGUGGUGGAAGAGCUUCAAGGAACUAACUGAAGUGUUAACUGCAAGAAUAACUUUCUUAUUUAUUAACUGGAUUUUUAUCUACAAUAUUAUUGUUAUAGCAAUACUAACACUGACAUCAGCUAUAGAUUUUAAAGUGCCAACCAGACAUACAUUGGUACUUGAAAACAUUGGUACAUUGUACAUUGGUACAUUGGUACUUUAAACAAAAUAUUCUAUUGUUUCACUCAUUAGAAAUUUGAAAUAUUUAAUAAUAUUUGUAAACAGUGAAAUCUUCUAUAGUGAUGUUGUUCUUGUUUUUGGAAUGUUUUAGAAAAGCUUAGAAGGAGAACUGGAGAAGAAGGUGAAAUGGCUAAGAAGGAGAGAAGAAUCGAUGCCAAUGAGUAUGUGUGGUUGUCUUUCAUAGUAAAUUAUUUCUUUUUGUCAUAUUUUAUUAUGGGGAUGGAAUUUGCACUCUUUGUGUCUUUCAACAUGUUAAACUAGCUGGCAUUAAGCAUAGAUUUCGAGAUUUUCUGCUUCAUGCUGAGUGUAUAAAUGUAUGUUGCAGUUCAAAGUUUUCAUAUAUCAUGUUUUCGCCCCAGAGUUCACCUGUUAUUUCGUUGGUGUUUACAUCAUCAGGGUUGUCAUUAAGAGCUGGGGGCCGGGGAUUUUCCCCGGCUACUAAUAGAGUGGCCCCCGGCUACUUUUAUUGGAAAAUAGAAGAAAAAUAGAACCAAAAGAAAUCCCUAGCCGUUUGAUUCCCCGCCUACUUGUUGUAUUUACCCGUCAACUUGAAAUCUUAGUGACAACCCUGCAUCAUAAUAAAAAUAAUAUAUUUUUUUGUGUAUGUUGUUUAUUAUUUUUUUCAGAGAUGCUACAGGGAUGGUACUCCACAGAGACUCUAAAUGGUAUCAACAAUGGCAAGAGUUUAAAGACAACAAUCCUGUAGUGACUGGUAAAGAUAAUUAUAGCAUUUACAACCUUACUCUUUUCUUAUGUACCUGCAAUGAUCAUGACCGACAAAAAGGUAGUUUUGCAAAAAAAUUUUUGCAGCUUGUUUACAUCCCACAUAAAGCAGGAAAUGAGGUGUUUUCACUUUGAAGUCAUACAGUGACAGCAAAGAAAUGUACAAAGAAGUGCGCAGCAACUGCAAAGUUGUUGUUAAAUGUAUUGCUUUUUUGAUGUGCUAGUUGCCAUUACUGUUGUCAGCCUGUUGCGUAAAGUUAUUCAUGUAAUUGAGUUUAUAAGCAGUUAUUAUUGACCCACUUAAUAAUAUUUUACAGGUCUUUUCAAUCUGAAAACGAAAUAUGAUGAAAGUGACAAUGUGGUGGUGCGAGCGUCAAGAGUAGUAACAGACAAGCUACAAGAUAUUUUUAGUAAGUCAGUGUUAAUAAUACUACAGUGAAUUUCAUACAGUCAUACACAAGUACAUCAACAAGACCAACUGUAAAAUGACUCUUAGACAAAGUGGCACUUUUCAUGAUCAUUAUACUACAAAGGGCCUGAAGAAAAAAUUGACUUUUCAUGCUUGCCAGUACAUACAUGCAAACUUGAAAAUUGUCUAACACAAAUAAAAAGGUUCAAAAAAAUUAGUAAGACAAGUAAAAAGAAAAGAAAAAGUGGAAGGGAAAUUAGUGAUAGCCGAAAAAAAGCAAUCGCUUUUGUAUCGAUCUCUGCUUUAACUGCAUUCAGAUAAGUUUUCAAUCCCAAGUGCAGUGUUUUUUUUGCAAUUUUGCCACACAAACAUGCGAAGGCUGUGACUGCUGCUUGUUCAACAGGGUCCUACACAUGUAUGUCCAAGAGGUGACUACCUCACCGUACAAAGAAAAAAGUAAAUUAAUUUAUUCAAAUCACCUGUGAUUAAAACCAUGUGGAAGGCGGGGUAUGCUGAGUUUGUUUAUCUUAAACUAUCGCAACCUGCAUCUAAUUUCUAUGUGUAACAAUCACUGCAAAUCGCUGCUAUAGUGAUUUCUGAGGGGCUUACUCUCGGAAUUUUGGGGUUGGGGUGUGCCAUGGGACUAUAAAACUUUUGGCUUACAUGUACCAGUAUAUUGGUCCAUAUUCAGCCACAAUUUUACUUCCCUAUUGUAGGCAUGUAAAAGGAAAAGCGCACCCUAUCCAACACUAACUGAGAAUCAAUAUACCACUAAUCAACUUCCCCAAAAUGAUUUUCUAUAACUAUCAGUCCAAGAUUGUGUGAUUUUAAUUAUUUUUUUAGCUGAUGUGUUCUCACAAUCUGAUACUGCCAAGACAAUGGCUGAAAUCACAAGAAUAGACCCACAAUUUAACAAAGAUAGCUUUCUCAAAGAAUGUGAAUUUGAAAUAAUCCCAGCCGUUUUAGAGGUAAGGUCGUGCUUGAGCUUAACAGUACUUGCUGUUCAUAGGUGCUUCUAUAUCAACCAGACUUAACUGUUGUAGUACAGUAUACACAGCCUUAUGAUAGAACUGAAGCCUUUGUCCACAAUCAUUGCCACAGCAAUCUCUGCGAUCACUAAAAUCAUGGAUAAUAGGAAAAGAGUUUAUAUUUAUUUGUCAAUUAUAAUCUCUGCACUUGUUAAACUUCUUUUAUGUUAUGAUAGUGAUCACAUAGCCUCCCACACAGGCAUUUUUAGUGGAGCUCGUACUUCAUCCCUCCCCACAAACGCCUGUUCAACCGAGAACAACAUUCCUUUCCCAAGCGUAGCCAAUCACAUUGUUCUUUCCAAAUUCUGGAAUUCUUGAUGGCAGGGUAACCCAACAAUUACUCAAUCUGCAUGAAACAAUGAGAAAGCUUUAUGACCUCUAAUAAAUGUUAGACUCAGAGAUUUACUCAGUUUGAUUAAAUUAGAGUACCCCAUGCCCUGCAUAACCUUAGUGAUGGAAAGAAAAGAAGGAAAAAGGUAACUCUUGGGUCACUGUUGAUAGGUCACUUACCACACGAAUAAAACAGUGGGAAAGGAAUGUUGUCGGUUGAGCAGGCAUUUGUGGGGAGGGACGCAAUAUUGGCUCCCGUAAAAAUGCCCGCGUGGGAGGCUAGUGAUCACAAUGAUCAUGAUGAAAACACAACCUGCUGACAGACCCUUUCUGUCACUUGCUCAAUUUUGGCAUUCUCAAGAAAAGACUCUGCAUAAAUUGUGUAAUAAGUUCUUUGAUGAGCAUGUGCUGCUUGUUGGUGGGAGGCUUACAGUACUUUGCGAAACGAAACGAAACGAAACGAAAUGGUACUUUGCGAAAUGGUACUUUGCGAAACGGUACUUUGCGAAAUGGUACUUUGCGAAAUGGUACUUUGCGAAACGGUACUUUGCGAAACGGUUACAACACAAUGCUUCAUCACACCUUAUCUAGAGUACCUAGAAUUCCACUGAAAGCUGAAGAUUUGUAAAGAUAAACCUGGAGCAAAUUUCCUCGUUAAGUCUGUUUCCUAAGAGCAGCAUGUAUUACCAGACGCCAUCUUGGAUUUAGGUGACUUGAAUGUUGUGUAUGAACCAUUUUAGUGUCCUCUGUGUAACACGUGUAAAUUUUGCGGGCGCAUCUUUCACACGCAAACAUGUAAAAAGAGCGUUUCACAGCGUUUUUCUUGUAAUUUUGUUUCUUAGUUACUAUGAGUACGUACCAUAUAUGAAUUACAAUUAAAGCAAAUCAAACAAAAAAAAUUGAUUUUGGUAAUUUGCUAAAUGAUACCUUGCGAAAUGUUUGUCCUUCUUUCGUCACGCGAGGCAUUGCGUGACAAAUUUUCCCGCGCUUUGGGGUCAUGCAUGUGACACCGGCGUCUGCCCAUGUGCUAGCAAACAUUAUUUACAACAGUGUUCUUCAGCGCUUCUUAUUUUGAAGCCCAGCAUGGCUUUCAAGAUACCUCUUCUCGAUUCCUUAUCACUCACGAAGGGUUACUUUCACGAUAUUCCUAAUUUUCGAUGGGCCGAUGUCACAGACAAGGACGAAAUAGGGAAGGGAAGUUUCGGGUCCGUGAUGAAGGGAAACUACAUUCCGGAGAAGAAAACCGUGGUGGUAAAGCGAUUUUUCGGCGAGGGAGACUCAAAUCUGAAGAUCGUAGCAAAGGAGGCGAAGAUGUUGCAAAAUCUACGGCAUCCUAAAGUCGCAGAGUUUGUUGCUGUUUGUCCUAAACCGGUGGCUAUAAUGAUGGAAUAUGAAUGUUUUGAUUUCUUUCCAUUCGGUCUUGAUGUUCAGGUUUCAGAUCUACUCGAUUUGUUGCACUGCCUGGAUCGAAUACAAACUGUGGAAGCCUUUAAACACUUUUUACCUCUUUUUCCCAAGGCAGAGUUUGAUAUCGCUGAGGGACUUGAAUUCUUGCAUUCAAGGAACGUGGUACACCGCGACUUAAAACCAGGGAAUGUCCUGGUCAGUAACAAGCACUACACGCGACCGGAAGUCGAGAAACAUCAAUUUGAAGAUUUGUUCUUUGUUGAGCCAGUGGUCUGCAAACUAACUGAUUUUGGUGAAAGUCGCUCACAGUUACUUCAAACUUCUGCAUUAAUUCAUGCGAAGACGUCCAACAUUGAGCGUGGGACAAAACCAUAUAUGGCUCCUGAAAUAGUCGUGGAGAGCCAAAAAUUAGCGUCAGCAACCCUGGAGGACAUGAAGGCAAUCGAUGUUUGGGCCCUCGGGAUGACUUUGUUCAGCAUCUUAAAUCCUGACACCAGUUUUCCCUUUGAAAUUGAAUUGAAAUCAACCUUUCCCACCACCCCUGAUGGACCUGCCAAAUGUAAGCGGGCUCUAUGGGUACGCUUUGAAUACAGUCAUGUCUUUGUGUACUAACCACCCUGGAGAAGUUCACAACUAGGGGCAGCUAUUGUCUCAUAGACGCGAAACAUCAUGAGGUUACCGCUAUGAGCCUAUGAGCCUUGUCGCUAGCCACGAGGUUACAAACUGUGCAACUAACAUGCGUUUUUUUGUUGUCACUAAUGACAACAAGAUAAGUAAUAAUUUACGAGGGUGUGUGAAAAACGUUUGAUUGGCGUAAGGAGGCCCCAUAUCAGCACACGGUUCAGCACUACACGGAAUGUUACACCCUGUGAACUAAAAGCGAACUAAUGUUUAAAAGGCUAAGAAACUCAAGUCAGCAAUUUAAAAUGAAAUUGUUCACAUUUAUUGGCCUAAAUUUUGCACAAAGGUUUGUUAAAGAAAACCAAAUCCAAAUUUCGAAAAACAUACAGUUAAGUUUUGGAUCUAACUUAUCCAACAUAAUUGAAGCAAAUUAAAACAUGCAAUCUAUGUGCCAAUUUAUCUUUAAACAAACAAAAAAGCGUCUAUGGGCCACAGAAAGAAGAAUUGUUACGGUUUUACUAAAUUUGUCAUUGUUCCAUUUGUUGUCAUUGUUACUGUUAAUGCUUUUGUUUGAUUUGCUUUAAUUGUAAUUCAUAUAUGGUAAUCAUAGUAAUUAAAAAAUAAAUUUACAAGAAAAACGCUCUGAAACGCUCUUUUUACAUGUCUGCGUGUGAAAGAUGCGCCCGCAAAAUUAACACGUGUUACGAAGACAACACUAAAAUAGUUCAUACACAACGUUCCAAGUCACCUAAAUCCAAGAUGGCGUCUGCUAAUACAUUGCUCUUUGGAAACAAAUCUUAAGCUUUCAGUAGCAUUCUAGGUACUAGAGAUAAGGUGUGAUGAAGCAUUCUAGGCUACUAAUUUUCAGGAUUUGGUCGUCAACGCGAAAAAUUUAGGCGCAUUGGCGCUUGUGUAACCGUUUCGCAAAGUACCGUUUCGCAAAGUACCGUUUCGCAAAGUACCAUUUCGCAAAGUACCGUUUCGCAAAGUACCGUUUCGCAAAGUACCAUUUCGCAAAGUACCGUUUCGUUUCGUUUCGUUUCGUUUCGCAAAGUACUGUAAGCCUUGGUGGGAUGCAUUUUCAACCCCAGGUUUACUAGACGUGCGCUUGGCAUAGUGGGAAAAUCAGUUUGAUAAUGGAGAACAAGAUUGUCUUCUACAAGCUUUCAGCCCAACCAUUUCUGGUAUCGUUUGGGUGGACAAGCAAUACAACUUUAUGAUUGGUUGAUGGUACUCAAGGCAACCAUUAACCAAUCACGUUUAUCCACCCAAACAAUCCCAGAAAUCAUUGCACCAAAAGCUUGUACCCUUUUCCCUUAUAGUUUCUGGAGUGGGAAAUUUUGUAUUAUUGUUUUUUAAUUAAAAUAAUGUUUUUACUUUUCUUUAUUAGGCAUUUCUAAAAGGUGACCUGGAUAUUUUAAAAGAUUGGUGCCAUGAACCUGUAAGUCCAUAAAACUGCAUUUUUGCGGAAUCCUUUUCCUUCAAUUUUUGUUAUUGAGCUAAUUUAUUUUGUUCCAGGCUUACAAUGUACUUGCAGCCCAAAUUGAGCAAACUCGGCAGCUUGGACAAAAACUUGAGGCAAAGAUCCUUGAUGUCAGAGAGGUUGAUGUAAGUUAGUUACUAAGGUUAAAGACAAUAAUCGAACAUAAAUUUUUCUUAAUUUUACUUUAUCAUUCAUGCCCAUUGUUUCUGCUUGUCCUUACUACAUGUAAUCACAAAUAUAAUAAUUAAUAAAAUUUUUCUUUUUACAUAAAAUGCAAUAUUAUUAUUUUAAUUCCUGUACAGUGUAUGCUAAACUUAACAAGAAUCUUUUGAUAGGACCAUAGUGUAUGUUUAGAUAUCACAAGAUAAUAAGUGCUACCCUCAUGAAAUUGAAAUACAUAUUAUUGAUUUAUUUUUUUUUCUUAGCAGUAUCUCUUUCAUUGGUAAUAAUGAAACAGACAUCACAUUGCAUUUCCAAAGGUGCCUGAAACUCUAUAGCCUUCAAUGGGCCUUACCUAAAAAACCCAGAAUGGUGAUGACCACUUACUUUAAUAGUAUUGUUACAUUAAUAUUUUUUACAUUUGGUUAUUAUCUUGCUGCACUUAAAGUUAAAAUAAUAUAUCCAAACUCGCCAUGAAACUUUUAGUCACAAAGAUACCCUAACCUGUAAUACAGAAUGACAGAAUGGUAUCUUAUAGUGUACUUCCUGUUUUGUGUAUAACAUUGCAGGUGGCAAUGGCCAAGGUUAUGGAACAAGGGCCUGUUUUAGUACUCACUUUUAUGGUACAACAGAUUAUGAUCCUUAGAGAUGCAGUCGGUAAUAUAAUUGAGGGUGGAGAAGUGAGUAUUUGCACUCUUGUUAACAUUAUUAUGAUUAGUCACUCUAACUUGUAUUGUUCCUAAUUAAAGGGGCUCGGCUUGAAUGAAACAUCACAGUGAAUAUUAUUAUAACCAUUUUGAUCUGUGGAGGAACACUUAAGGAAUAAAGGAUCACUACUUGUGCAUAUCUUAUAAUACGCCUUGUCCUCCCCUUCCCUAGCCUGCGUGCAGACGAUAACUAAACUCUGAUUAGUACCGUCUGCGAAGCAGCGCAGAGAUCCUUGUUCUGGACCCCCAACGGACUCAACGAAUUACCGGAAGUGCGUUCCGAAUUCCCCUUCAACCUGAUUGGCGAUCACGACAAACAAAACAAAGGCCUUUUUUAACUGGCCAGUCGUGGCGCGUACUCAAAUCUGGGUACACAGCUGGAAGUCCAGAACAAGGAUUUCGGCGAUGUUUCGCAGACGGAGUUAACCAGAGUUUAAUUUCGUCUGCGCGCAGGCUACCCCUUCCCUCACUGGAAAAUAAAUUCAUAACCUCUUGGUAUUACAGUUAUCCCAAGAGAAAUUGAACUUUGGAGAGCAAACGAGGUGUUUUAUGGGAAAUGCACAAGUGGCAAUUAGCAACUAACUAGGAUAGCUGGCUCAAAAUAUUGAAGCAAAUUAAAACAGGCUCCAUAUGGGUAAACCUUUCCCAACUGUUUUCUUCCUUCCCAAUAAUUUUUUGUACUUACCGGUAGAUCUGCUUGGAAAGUCAUUGUUUUGCUGCAGUGAUUUUGGUAAUACAUUUGCCUUGACAAUAUCACACUAAUAUGAUUGUUAUUAUAAUGAUUAUGAUGCUGAUGAUGAUGAUGAAGGAAAAUUAUUCAUAACUGAACCUCUGUGGGAUUUCAUUAUUUUGUUUUAUUCUUGUAGAAGACAGAGCCAGCCUUUUUUAUUUUUCAUAGAGUUUAGAAGUACCCAUUAUUGAUAAAAAUAGGCAAAAUCAAAAACAGAAAGAUUGGCAAAUUUCUGGCAACCAAUAAUUUCUUUGUUAAUUUAUUUAUUUGUAUGGUUACAGUGCUUUUCUUCUGUGUUAAUAGUGGCUUGAACAAUUGAGUUUAAAAUUUUCAGGAUUUAAUCUCUCUCAUAUUUUGGGCAAUUUUUAACUGCCAUUUUUUGUGUCUGCAGGAUAAUAUUGAAAAUGUUAGCUAUGUGUGGGCACUGUGUAGAGAUCAGAGCAUACUGGAUCACCGGUCAGCAUGGAGAGUGCUUGAAUUUGGGAUUCAAAACAGCAGCGCAUGGCUUUGAUAAACCUUUACGCUGGUUCUUAAUAGUGGCACAAGCAUAAACACAAGUCUAGAUUCAAGAAUGUUCACACUUGGGUUACAUACAUUACCAGGAGACAUUUGCAGGAGCAGAAUUGUGAAAUUUAAGAAACUCUUAUGUUGGCAAUACAGGGCACCCAGACUCGCAACAGCCUAGGUACUGAAAGCCAAAUUAUAAGGAUUUGUAUGGAAAUUUAUUGUAAAGUAGACAAGUAUACAUAAACAGCCAUGAAAGUGUGCAUACCUCAUAAAGAAGAAGACCUUGUCUUCUAGAACUGCUUAGUAGCUAGGUGAGAAACCAAAACAUCAAACCUUGCUAAAAUAGCAUUUACAGGGCCUAAACAGUAAGAAAACAUCACAGACAC